CUAGUGAGCAACUUUAGUAUAAAGAGUGAUAUGUUGAUUUUAUUGCUUGCCCACUACACUAAAGAGUGUCAAACCGAGGUAGUGGAGAGGAAGAAACUGAGAGAGAGAGAGAAAAAAAAAUAAAAACAAUGGCGUCUCUAGUCGAAAAAUCCGAUCUUGUAACGCCGUUGGUUGUAAAGGAAUACAAUGCGGAAUCGAAAGCAAAAUUCACAAAUGAUGAAAUCGUAGCAGAAGCCAAGUUACAAUUGUUCCUGGCAGGUCCGAUGAUGUUCGUGAACGUAUUGUUGUCACUGAUACAAACGAUUUCAGUGAUGUUCGUUGGGCACGUGAGCGAGCUGGCCCUCUCCGGCGCAUCCAUGGCCACCUCCUUCGCGUCCGUGACGGGCUUCAGUCUGCUGGUUGGAAUGGCGUGCGCCUUGGACACCUACUGCGGCCAAUCAUACGGCGCGAAGCAGUACCACAUGCUGGGAAUCCACAUGCAGCGCGCCAUGUUCGUGCUGCUGCUGGUGAGCGUGCCGCUGGCAUGCAUCUGGGCGACGGCCGGCGACAUUCUCCGGCUGCUGGGGCAGGAUCCGGCGAUCGCGGCGGAAGCCGGCGUCUACGCCCGUUACAUGAUCCCUUCCAUCUUCCCCUUCGCGCUGCUGCAGUGCCAGUUCAGAUUCCUUCAGACGCAGAACAAUGUGGUGCCGAUGAUGCUGACCUCCGGCAUCACCACGCUCUGCCACGUCCCCAUAUGCUGGCUCUUGAUCAACAAAAUGGGCCUCGGUAGCAAAGGCGCCGCCCUCGCUAACGGCGUCUCCUAUUGGACCAAUGACGUCUUCUUGAUCCUCUACAUCACCAUGGCCCCAGCUUGCAGGGACACCUGGAAGGGUUUUUCCAAAGAGGCGCUGCACAAUCUCUCCAAGUUCAUCUGGCUCGCCAUUCCUUCAGCUAUUAUGGUGUGCUUGGAGAUAUGGUCCUAUGAGAUCAUGGUUAUUGUUUCUGGUCUUCUGCCGAAUCCCACCUUGGAAACAUCGGUUCUCUCCAUCAGCCUCAACACAAACGGCAUGAUUUACAUGAUACCCCUUGGACUUGGCAGUGCAAUAAGCGUCCGUGUGGCCAACGAGUUAGGCGCAGGGCGGCCUAAAGCAGCUCGCCUAGCGGUGCGCAUGGCCACGUUGAUGGUGGCGGUGGAGAGCGUGGUGGCGGUGGUGGUCAUAAUCUUGGGGCGCAAUGUUUGGGGCUACUGCUUCAGUAGUGAGCCAGAUGUGAUCUCUUAUGUUUCCGAUAUGAUGAUACUCAUCGCCAUCGCCAACUUGGCAGAGGGAGUUCUCUCUGUUCUCAGUGGAAUUGCAAGAGGAUGUGGUUGGCAGAAGAUCGGGGCCGUGGUGAACCUGGCGUCCUUCUAUUUGAUCGGCAUCCCCCUCGGAGUCGUGCUGGCAUUUGUGCUGCACCUCGGUGGAAAGGGACUAUGGACUGGAAUCAUAGCUGCAGUUUUCGCACAGACGUUUUUCCUGUCCAUCAUAGCUCUCCGGACCAAUUGGGAGGCAGAGGCAAGGAAGGCUUGUGCUAGAGUUUUCGACUCGUCCAUUCCAGUUGUGGCGUAGGGAGAAAACACGAUGAGAUGUCAUGAAUCUGUGUGUGAAAAGUUAAGGGAUGCAUGAGUGAAUCCAGCUUAUAGCUAUGUGCUCGUGCUGGACCGAAUUAGACAUAUCUCUAUCAAGAGAUGAUCAUCUCUUAGUUCUUGCAUUACCAUAUGCCAUUGUGUUUGUGUAUACAUGGUUUUCAAUGAUUUUCUUCAUUUUAUACCACUCCAAAGUUGCACUCAA